AUGCCUCCAUGGGAAACACUAUGUGGAGGAAAUCAAACCAUGACCACGGAAUUCAUUCUCCUGGGGUUUGGGACCGGCCGGGAGGCCCAGAUUCCUCUCCUGUUUCUGUUUUUGGUGAUUUACAUCAUGACCAUCAGUGGGAAUAUCCUGAUUGUUGUUCUUGUUGUGUUUGAUCAGCAUCUUCAUACCCCAAUGUACUACUUCUUGGGCAACCUAUCUUGCUUGGAGACCUUCUACAGCUCAGCCAUCCUCCCCAGGGUGCUGUAUAGUCUCUUGACAGGGGACAGGUCUAUUUCAUUCAUAGGUUGCUUUGCCCAGAACUAUUUCUUUGGCAUGCUGGUCACAACCGAGUGCUUCCUGCUAGCCGCCAUGUCCAUUGACCGCUAUUUAGCCAUCUGCAAGCCGCUGCACUAUGCUACUGUCAUGAACAACAAACUAUGUUCUCAGCUAGCUGCUGGUUCCUGGAUGGGUGGAUGGCUGGCGAUCACCAUCACCACCUCUUUCAUGUCCCAGCUCAUUUAUUGUGGUGCCAAUGAGAUGGACCACUUCUUCUGUGAUUUUGCCCCACUGGUCAAUCUGUCCUGUAGCAACACCAGGACAGUAACAGUCUUGAGUUUCAUAUUGUCAUCUGUAUGUGCUUUCCCACCUUUCUUCUUGACUUUGGCAACCUAUGUUUGCAUCAUCACCUCUAUCCUGCAAAUCCCAUCUGCUUCUGGAAGGCAAAAGGCUUUCUCUACCUGCUCCUCUCACCUCCUAGUGGUAAUCAUUUUUUACGGGACUUUGAUAGUUGUCUAUGUCUUACCAAACUCUAGCACCCUGAGAGACCUAAACAAAGUGUUUUCUCUCCUGUACACCAUAUUGACUCCUCUUGCUAAUCCCCUUAUAUACAGCUUAAGAAACAAAGAAGUUAAAGGAGCACUGAAGAAAGGGUUACACAAAUGGGUUUUCUUAUAUUGGUCCCUUGUUCUGAAUUUCGAUCCUAUUACUACUACUGCUACUACUACUACUACUACUACUGCAACUACCAAUACUACUAAAGAUAACCCUUCAUAA